AUGGCCUCCCGAAGAGCUGCCCUGUUUGCCCUCCCUACCAGCAUCACGGAAGAAAAAGAGGCCGAGACUGAAUUUGUAAUCACCAACGGAAAUGUGUCGGACCGAGAUGAUAGCGAAUCAGAUACAUCUGAGGAAAUUGAAAAGGUGGACCUGUGUACUACAAUCACAAAUACUGCCACAGCUGCAGAAGUCCCUCCACACAUUCUCGAGAGACGAUUCAGGUUCCACCACACCCCACUCCCAACUAAAGAAGUUGAAAAAGUCGAUCUCUCGACUGCACCUCCAGUGACACCCAGACCUAUUGUGAUGCCAAAGGAACCAACAGUUGAAAUUCCUCCACAUGUCCUCGAAAGGAGGAGGUCUAGUGCUUUUCAAAAACCAGCAGAAAUUAAUGAGCUCUCUGUAUUAGAGGAAACCGAGGAGAAAGAUGAUAAUGGUGAAGAAUGGGAACUCGAUGAUGCAGCUAACUUUUUUGAAUUCGGUGAUGAUUUCAUGCAACUGUUGAGCCAGAUGUCUACAAUCACAGAUGGAGACUUUGAAGACACAUCAAACCUGUGA